CCGCUUAACCUUUGUUCCAAUAAGCAUUUGCUGAAGCACUCUCAAAAUGUCACAUCCUUUGUUCAUUUACUUUCUAAUCUCUCUUUCCCUCUACAGUAGUUGCACUGCACAUCGCUACACAUUCACGGUUAAGGAAGUUCCAUAUAAGAAACUGUGUAGCACGAAGAAGAUUUUAACAGUUAAUGGUCAGUUUCCUGGACAAACUCUAAAGGUUUACAAAGGAGACACCAUUUACGUUAACGUUCGUAACCGAGCUAGUGAAAAUAUCACCAUGCAUUGGCAUGGUGUAGAGCAGCCGAGAAACCCAUGGUCAGAUGGACCAGAAUACAUCACACAAUGCCCAAUUCGACCUGGGUCUGAUUUCAUGUAUGAAGUCAUAUUUUCCACCGAAGACACGACUGUUUGGUGGCAUGCUCAUAGCUCUUGGACGCGUGCUACCGUACACGGUCUUAUUUUUGUGUAUCCUCGCCCCCCGAAAUCCCUCCCUUUUCCAAAAGCUGAUCAUGAAGUCCCCUUGAUUUUGGGAGAGUGGUGGAAGAAGGAUGUGAGGGAAGUAGUGGAACUGUUCACGUGGACAGGAGGUGACCCAAAUGUGUCCGAUGCUUUGACCAUCAAUGGACAUCCUGGUUUCUUGUAUCCUUGCUCUAAAUCAGAUACAUUCGAGUUCAUGGUGGAGAAAAGCAAAACCUAUCGCAUUCGGAUGGUAAACGCCGCAAUGAACUUAAUCCUCUUCUUCGCAAUCGCAAAACACAAUCUCACCGUGGUUGCCGCCGAUGGCCACUACACCAAACCAAUAAACGCUACUUACAUCACCAUCUCUCCAGGCCAAACGCUAGACUUGUUAUUACACGCCGACCAAAAUCCAAAAAGCACUUAUUACAUGGCCGCCAGAGCUUACCAUAGCAACCUUAACAUCAGCUUCAACAACUCCACAACUAUCGGGAUCUUAUGUUACAACUCUUCAAGUAAAACCAAAACGUCGUCGUCUUCAAAACGUUACCCAAACCUUCCUUAUUACAACGACACGUCAGCAGCUUUCGCAUUCUUUACCAACAUCACAAGCUUAUACUCCGGACAAGUUCCCGUCAAGAUCUCACGUAGAAUAAUCUCGACGGUUUCAAUAAACCUUCUCAUGUGUCCUAACAACUCGUGUGAAGGUCCAAACGGGUCGAGACUAGCGGCGAGCAUGAACAACAUAUCGUUCGUUACACCGAGUCACGUGGACAUACUAAAAGCUUACUAUUAUCACAUUAAGGGAGUUUACGGAACGCGGUUUCCAGAGUUUCCACCGCUCGUUUUCAACUUUACCGCGGAUGAUCAACCGUUGUUUUUGCAGACUCCAAGACUUGCUACGGAGGUGAAAAUACUUAAGUUUGGGGAAAGUGUUGAGAUUGUUCUCCAAGGGACGAGUUUAGUUGGUGGUGGAAUCGAUCAUCCCAUGCAUCUCCAUGGUUUUAGUUUCUACAUGGUUGGUGUCGGGUUUGGUAACUAUAACGUAACUGAAGCUCCGUCGAACUAUAACCUCAAAGAUCCUCCGUACAAAAAUACUGCGACUGUGCCAAGAAACGGUUGGGUCGCUAUCAGAUUCAUAGCUGACAAUCCUGGGGUAUGGUUCAUGCACUGCCACUUUGAUAGACAUCUCACGUGGGGAAUGAAAGUGGUCUUCAUUGUCAAGAAUGGAAGAGGACUAAACCAGCAGAUUCUGCCUCCACCUCCUGACUUGCCUCCUUGUUACUAAUUAAUAAUCCAAUUAUGUAAAAUCACUAUCAUGUCUUUAUUCUGUUGUAAAUUAUUGUUGUAGUAACCUAAAUUUACUCCAAUGUAAUAAUCCUAAAACUUUGUGUGAAUUAAUUUCCACAAGUUGAUUAAGAAUAAGAAGAAGCAUUACUAA